GCGGGGGGCGGGGCGAGGGGCGGGGCCGGCGGCGGCGGCGGCGAGGCUCAGCCAUGGUGGAGAAGGAGCAGAAGAAGGACGAGGCCGGCCGAGCCAGCGCCGCCGCCGCCAUCAGCGAGGAGGAGGCGGCCCAGUACGACCGCCAGAUCCGCCUCUGGGGCCUCGAGGCGCAGAAACGGUAAGGCCGCCCGCCCGCCUCUCUGGGCUGCGCCGCUCUGCCCGGGAGCCCCGAGGAUGCUGGGGGCCCGGGGAGCCCGAGACCCUCUCGGAGAAGGCCCGUCCCAGCGCCCGAUUGACUUAGAAGCCCAGCAAGCUGCAGCUGAGGGCCCCACUCUCUUGGGGCCCCCAAAAAAUUAAAGGGGGAAAAACUGGAUGCACAUUUCCAAAAUAUAAGAUGAUGAUGAGAAUAAUUUGUUAUUUGUUCCCCAGCCACUCUAGCCGAACAUGAAAAACACAAUACAGCAUUAACAUAACAUAAAAUAAAACCAAUAUACAGCAACAGUGUUUUGUGUUGUUUAGGCACCUAUGAUGUAAGUCAUGGACCCUCAAACAUUUUAAAUUAGAGCGUAAUAAUUAUUUCACUAUUACUAUACUUCUUCUUAAUUGUAUUUCACCAUUAAUAUACUACUUCUUAAUUGCAUUUCACCAUUAAUGUACUUCUUAAUUGUAUUUCACCAUUAAUAUACUUCUUCUUAAUUGUAUUUCAGUUCAACAAUUACUUUGAUAAAAUACCCCUUUUGUGAUGUGCAAAUGACUUGAGAUACCUAUGAGGUCCAUCAAUGACCAUCUAGCAUAUAUUCAACAGAAAAACCAGUGACCGUUUGUUGUUGGCAAAGGACAGCUGGACAUCUCAAGGGCCCCAUUACCUUCAGGAGGUGAGGGCCACAUCAAACCUCAAUCCGGCCCUGCCCAGUCCCAUGGCGAAAUCCCCCCCUUGGGAGCAUUUUUUCCUUCUCCUCAAUGGCGGCUUAAAACAAAGCUGCAGGCGCAUCCCUAGGAUUCAGGGCAGAGAAGCCAGUGCAGCUGCGCCAUCGGGGCAAAGCGGGUGGAAGCCACUGAUUUAUGCAAAAGGUCAGGGAAACACAGAGGAGCUGCUGCCACCUGUCAUAUCAUCAUCAUCAUCAUCAUUUUGUUUGUAUGCCGCCUUUCCAUAGUUGAAACUAUGCUCAAGGCAGCUUACAACAUGACAAGAUUUACAUCAUUACAAACAUAUCAGAAGUCAUAAACAAUAAAUAAAACACAUCAAAAAGUACACAACCAAAUGCAACAAUUUCCACGUAAUUUAUAAGAUCCAAAGCUAAAGAUACAACAAUAAUAUCAAUAACAGCAACAGCUCUCCAGCCAGCCCAUUUAUUAGUAUUAUUAUUUAGUGAAUCCGUAUGCUGCCCUUCCUCCACAGAAGCCAGGGCAGUUCACAGCUGAAAAGAGAUACACACAAAACACGGGAAAAAGGCACAACAAAAGCACCUCCCAUUCCAAAUGCAUAAUAAUAAAUAAUAAUAAUAAAUUUUAUUUAUACCCUAGCCAAAACCGGGCUCAGAGUGGCUGCAUAAGCGCUACAUCGGGUGGCUCCUCCGAAAACACGGUCUCAAAGCGAUUCAAAAUCUAAGGCAGACAGGGACUGUGGAACUCCCUGCCACCAGGCUCAGUGGCGGCCUCCCUGGCAGAGAGUGAGGGCCAGUGCUGCCUGUGGUCUUCCUCCGGCGCUUGCCGGGGGGCUCCUGCUUGGGGGCGUUUGGCCGGCCGCUGUGAGGCCACAGGGCUGGAGGGGCUGGAUUCAACCCUGGGGCCCCUCCUGCGCCCUUAAAAGAGAGCGGGGCAGCCCUCUUUGGAAGGGGCAUCUUGCCAGGCAAGGCCAAGGCCCUCUGCUGGCUGGGAGGGGCCCCUGCCUGAGCCUCCUGGGGCUUCCUCAACAUGGGGGCCACCGCAGAGAAGGCCCCGUCUCUCGCUGACAAGGGGGCGUCUCAUGGGGCUGCAUGCUAUGAAAAACGGGGAGCGUAAAUACCCCACAAAGAACCCCCAGGUCCCAGCCGAUCGGGGGGGGGCUUACCUGUUGGGGGGCUCCCAGCACGCCACUGCAGCCUGCCCCACACCGGCCUUGGCUCCUGCCAGCAGAGGCUGCCUCCUGGGGGUUUGGGGUGCUGCCCCACCUCAAGAUGGCGGGGCCCUUGCUGCCGGGCCCCCUGGAUCCCGCCAGCCCCCUUGCUGCCGCUGCCGGCCUGUUGGGGGGGCAGGUGCUUGGCAGGCCCCUUUUUUCUGGCCCCCAUUUGGAGCUCCCCUUUCCUGGGAGGGAGGGAGGGAGGGGGUCACGGCCGCCCUCCCGGCUCCCCCCAGGAGCGCUGGACUGGCCAUGGGGGGGUCUUCCCACACCAGCUGCCCCCCUGGGCUUCUCCUGCCCCUUCUGGGGCGGCGGCUGCCUGGUUUUGGGGGUCCCUCUCCUCCCCUACCCAAUGGCCACGGAAGCUUCCGGGCCCCAGCCUUCCGCCUCCUCAGCGAGGGCCACAGAAAAUGGCCGCCGGGGGGGGGGCUGGUUGGGCCUGUGAGGGGCCCCAGGCGAGCGGCUGGCAUUGAAACCAGGGGGGAUAAAAAUGAAUGGUUUUUAUAUAUAAAAAUCAAAAUAAUCAGUUUUUUUAAAAAAUUAAAUUGGAUUUUUAAAAAUGAAAUGCUUUUGGAGGGAAAACCUUUCUAAAGAUCGUUUUCUAUUUAAGUUACAUUAUAGUCCAAAGGCUAUUUGUCAGGAAACAAGGAUUUAAGUUUUUCAUGUGUGCUAAAAACUCACCCUAAGGUGUGUUUUUUUUAAAAAAAAAGUCGUUUAACCACAUCGGUUAACAAACAUGGAUACAUAUGCUACAGUGUUAUUGUUUUAGUUAAAUAAAUGGUUUACAUUUUUAUUAGAGAAAUUGUUCUUUCUCUUUCCAAUCAAGUAAGCAGAAAGGUUGUCCAAAUAUUAACAGUUAACUUAUGAAACCCCACUAUAAUUUCAUAAUUAUCUGUCAAGGUAUUUCUAAUAGUAUCACCAAAUCAGGAAUUUUUGAUGUAACUGUAAAAAACUCCUCUGGAAAUUUAUGAGUCCAAAAAGGAACCCUUCCUCUGGUUGUAAAUAUUAAGAUGAUACCAGCAAGAACGAGUCUUUCUGCAAAAAAAUAUGAUUUCAAUCAAGUCUUACUGACUAGUAAUUUAAAUUGUGAUUUAAGUCAAAUGGCACCCUGCAAGAGGGGCAGCUCUGAGGCCCCGCUGGGCCCCCAAGCCGGCGUCUGAGGGGCCACAGGAAGAAGGCCCCGCAAAAUGGCCAGGGCACCUUCUGAGGGAAUUUCAGAUCAAAAACCAGUAAUUGUUGAUAAAACUGUAAAAAACUACUCUGGAAAUUUAUGAGUCCAAAAAGGAACCCUUCCUCUGGUUGUAAAUAUUAAGAUGAUGCCAGCAAGAACGAGUCUUUCUGUAAAAAAAGAUGAUUGAAAUCCAGCCCCGCUCCCUUCCGGCCAGGGCACCUUCUGAGGGAAUUUCAGAUCAAAAACCAGCAAUUGUUGAUAAAACUGUAAAAAACUACUCUGGAAACGAGUCUUUCUGUAUAAAAAGAUGAUUGAAAUCCAGCCCCGCUCCCUUCCGGCCCCACACCAUGGCCAGGCCAGCUUCGGAGGCCUUUGGGGCGGGCGGACGCUCCCCUCCGAGAGGCCUUGGGGCCCUUCCUUAUGAGGGGCUGCUGAGCCCCCUUCCAGCCCCCCAGCUGCAGUUCAGCAUUUUCCGUGAGGGGGUCUUGGGUGCUUUCAAGCAGGGUGGAUUUGAUUUAAAUCACUAGGCAGUCAGACCCGAUUUCAAUCAUCUUUUUUUACAGAAUGACUCGUUCUCGCUGGCAUCAUCUUAAUAUUUACAACCAGAGGAAGGUUCCCUUUUUGGACUCAUAAAUUUCCAGAGUAGUUUUUUACAGUUUUAUCAACAAUUACUGGUUUUUGAUAUGAAAUUCCCUCAGAAGGUGCCGUGGCCGUUUUGCAGGGCCUCCUUCCUGUGGCCCCUCAGACGCCGGCUUGGGGGCCCAGCGGGGCCUCAGAGCGGCCCCCUCAUGCAGGCUGCCAUUUGUCUUAAAUCAAAGUGAUUGAAAUCACAAUUUAAAUCACUAGUCAGUCAGACUUGAUUGAAAUCAUUUUUUUUAACAGAAAGACUCGUUCUUGCUGGUAUCACCUUAAUAUUUACAACCAGAGGAAGGUUCCCUUUUUGGAAUCAUAAAUUUCCAGAGUAGUUUUUACAUUUAUAUCAACAAUUCCUGAUUUGGUGAUACUAUUAGAAAUAUGUAGACAGAUAAUUAUGAAAUUAUGGUGAGGUGUCAUAAGUUAACUGUUGAUAUUUGGACAACUUUUCUGCUGUACUUGAUUGGAAAGAGAAAAACAAUCAUUUCCUUAAUAGCAAUGUAAACUAUUUAACUGAAACAACAACAUUAUAACAUAUGUAUCCAUGUUUGUUAACUAAUGUGGUUAAACGAUUUAAAAAAACAAACAAAAUAACUCUUAGACUGAGUUUUAGCACACAUGAAAAACUUGAAUCCUUAUUUCCUGACAAACAGCCUUUGGACUAUAACGUAACCUAAAUAGAAAACUAUCUUUAGAAAUAUUUUUCCUCCAGAAGCAUUUUAUUUUAAAAAUCCAGUUUUAAUUUUUUAAAAAUCCAAUUUAAAUUUUAAAAAAAUUGAAUUCAAUUUUUAAAAUCUGAAAUUUUUAUUUAUUUUUUUAAAUCCUUGAUUUUUCUCCACCCUGCCCUGCCCCCUUUCCUCGCUCUGCCCCACAAGUGCAUCCCUUGCCCCUCUUUCCUUCCCCUCAGACGCUCCCUCUCUCCACCCUCCUCAGAGCUGCCCCUUCAAAAUGUCCGCCUGCCUUCGCAUCGGGGGUGGGAUUCUUAUCUGAAUUUUUUAUGGAAAGUUUUCAACAUAGAAUACAAUAGAAAUAAAACUUAGAAAAUAGAAAAGGAAAGAAAGGGGGGGGACAAAGACAGGAGCCUUCGCUGCCUCUUGGUCUCUCCUCCAUCCCAUUCCUGUCAACCCAAACUAGAAGGCAACAAAAAAACCAAAUGCAAAAAUAAAAUGAGUCCCCCAUAAAGGACAAAAGCUACAUAGCAUUCAAAGGGGCAUUUAAAAAAUCAAAAAGAGAGAUAAAGGAAAGAAGUAGCAGGGACCUUAGAUUCUCCAUCUGCCCACGAUAUACCGUAUUUUUCCGUCUAUAAGACGUCCCAUGUAUAAGAUGCCCCCUAUUUUGGGGGACUCUGGUUUAAGAAAAUGAGGGAGGAGAUGUAUCCGUGUCUAGGAUGCCUCCCCAAUUUUUGACAUUAUUUUUAGGGGGGGAAACCUAGUCUUAUAUACAGAAUAAUAUGGUAUAGCCAGGUUAUUCAAAGUAUUCCACCCAUUCAUUGCAGGCCUCAAUCUGUUAGAUGACAUUUUCUCCGUCUUCAGUUGCCUCACGUUCCUUCAGUUUCCUUUGCGUGCAAAAAGGCCCAAAGAGGAUCUUCCAUUGCUAUUAUCCCUAGAUAUCCAGAAAAGUCUUCCUCCAGUACAGUGGUACCUCGUGUUACGGAUGGGAUCCGUUCCGGAGGCCCGUCCGUAGUGUGAAAUGCCUGCAACUCGUAGUGCUGUGUCUGCGCAAGCGCACGGCGCGAUUUAGCACCUGCGCAGGCGCAAGUGGCAAAACCCGGAAGUAACCCUUCCUGGUACUUCCGGGUUGCGGCAGGACAUAACGCAAGGUAUGAAUGUAUAAUAGUUUUAUCUCCAAGAGGUUCCCUUAUUAGGAUAAUGAUCCGUAACUCUUUACUUACUGUAUGUCCAUUAGUUCAUACCCAAUUCCGUAUCUUCCGGUCCCAUGUCCUGUUGGCUAGGAGUUUCUGUCUUGAUUUAGGAAGAAGCGCCUUCCAUGCCCCCUUCUUUUUCCAGAGUCUGGGUGGCCUAUCCCUCUGAGUCUUCCUCCACUUGCACACAAGAUCCUUGCUCUCCCAGCGCUCUCUUGGCCAUCUCAGAAGGUUCCUUCAUGUUUUUUUCUGUCCUCGGUUCCAUUUCUCUCCUCCUUGAUCUGUUCCAGUCCUCCAUGCCUUGGAGGAUUUUAGGCAUAGAUUUGAAUGACCAUCUGUCAGGGAUUCUUCAGCUGAGAUUCCUGCAUUGCAGGGGGUUGGACUAGAUGACCCCCGGGACCCCUUCCAUUCUAUGAUUCUAAUUAUAAAUAUCACCCUCAGCAACAGGUAAUGCCAUUUUCUCGUUGCAACCUCUUUGGAUUAGAACAGCAAAGACAGGAGAGAAAAGCUGCAAUAAAAACAAGGAAUAGCAGGGAUAAAAUUUGCCAUUAGAACCCCCGGGGUAAUAUAGCUCUUUUCAGAGCUUUGAAGAUCAAAACCCGUCAGGUUAAUUUGAUCAUUUGGCAAAAGGAUCCCGUCCGCUGGCCUUGGAUUAACCCUUUCAUCUCCAUCCUGAGCCACUUCCUUUUGACCAGCAUCUUGUGCCGGGGGGGGGGCCUGAACUGCAUCCUUUCUGCCUCCUGGAGGCCCUGCUAUGGGCAUCGGGACACUGAUGGCUUCCUCUUGUAUUCUGCAGCCUGCGGGCGUCUCGGGUGCUGCUGGUGGGCAUGAAAGGCUUGGGGGCAGAAGUGGCCAAGAACCUAAUCCUGGCAGGAGUCAAAGCCCUGACGAUGCUUGACCAUCAGCAGGUGAGUCUUGCCCAAGGGGCCGGGAGCGGGUCCUGGGGGGGCCUCCUCCCUUGGGCUUCCUCUUGCCGCCCUGUGUGUCCCCUGAUCCUGGAAUGGGAAAUAGGAUAUACGUGAUCUUGCCCCUUUGUACUCAAAAGCGCGUGUCCAUAAAAUUAUUUAUUUCAUGAAAUUUAAACACUGCUUGAUUACCGGGGGCGAGGGGGAGCCUGAAAGCGGUUUACAGAAAAUAUGAUAAAAUUUACCCUACAAAAAAUUACAGCGAUCAUUUAAAACACACAAAAAGUUUAAAACAACGAUAGAUUGAAACAAAUUAAAACUCACUUCAACUUUCCAAAGAUCUGGGUAGGUUUGUCUAAACAAUUAUGUUUUUGGCAGAUGCCGAAAAGAAUACAGCGAGGGUUUGAUGUCAAUAGGCAGGGAGUUCCAAAGUGUAGGGGCCGCCUCACUAAAUGACUGAGUUCUUACAAACGCAGAACAAGUAUUAUGUGGCACCUGUAGGAGUGCCAGUUCUUUCAAUCGAAGCAGUUGAGUGGGCCCACGGGGGCAAGUUGAUCUCACAAAUAAGUGGUCCCAAGUCCUUAAGGGCUUCAUAUACUGGUCGUAACACCUUUAACUCAGUCUGGUAGCAAAUGGGCAGCCAGUGCAGAUCUCUGAGCCCUGGGGUGUUUUUUCCCUCAAGGCCUCACUCUUGUCAGCAAUCGUGCUGCAGCAUUCUGCGCCAACUGCGGCCUCCAGAUCAAGCGCAAGGGAAGCCCCACAGAGAGCGCAUAUGUGGCGAGGAGAGGGUUGUAUGUCGCAAGCCGGGAGAUGGAGACUUUCUCAAGAAAGGAAUGUCCUUGCUUGGGACCCCUGAGGCCACUGUCCCUCAGACCCUGUGGGGGCCAGACUAUAUUUGGAAAAAGGAAAAAAGAACCAAUUCCUAUGCCCCACAAAUAACCCAGAGAUGCAUUUUAAAUAAAAGGACAGAUUCUGUUCAUGUAAAAACUGCAAUUAGUCCUACAGCAAAAAGCAAGGGAUAGUAUGCAGAUGACCAAAAAUAGCUUUAGCAUGUGUAAUGAGACAAGAAUCCAGGGCUCUCCAUAGCUUUCAGUUUAGUAAUAAGUUGUAAUUCAGCGACUUCUCUUUCAAGUCUGUUUCUGAAAUUCUUUUGUAAUAAGACAGCUGCUUUGAGAUCUUGUAUUGAAUGUGCUGGGAGAUUGAAGUGUUCUCCUACUGGUUUCUCUGCCUGUGAGGUGGGUUAGGCCUUGUGAGUGAGUGGCCCAAGGUUACCCAGCAAGCUUCAUGACCAGAUGAGGGUUUGAACCCUGCUCUCCCAGGUCCUAGUCUGACACUAACCACUCUGCCACCCUGGCUCUCAGUCUGCAGGGCUCCUGUGGCGUUUCUCCUGUGGCAUUUCCCGCCCAGUCUCUUCCUGGUGGCACCAGCCACAACCUUUCCUUGUGCGUAUUUUCUGCCAAUGAAGGGCUGCAGCCGACAUUAGUUCCACUGAGGGUGUUAGUCCUUCUUGGAGUAGAGCCACUGAAAUCAUUGGCUGUAGCUUGAGAACUUUAAUUUAAGUGGGUCUUCUCUUGAGGACGACUAACACAGAAUACAACACAAAUCAGUCUAGAAAUACACUUUCCCCAGAUGAGAGAUGCUUGUAAUCAGGUGUAAAUCAAGUAUUGAAAAAAUCUGGAGGUUCAAAGACUUUAGAAAUCAGUAACAACAACAAAAUAGGCAUGAGGGAGAAAGCAUUUGGUGGGGGAGAUAUUUUGAUUAGAUAAGUACAGUAGACCCCCAAUUUAACUUGUGAUUUACUUAUGUGAUUGCACCUUGCAUGGGUGGCAGGAAAACAAAUAAGAAAUCGAGAGUGAAGGUGGGUGGGUGUGAAACAGUUAGAAGGGGCUCUCAACCUCUCAACCAAGAUCUCUCAACCUUCCUGGAGCCCUAUAAUUAACGCCAGAGGGUUUUAGAAGCUCUUUCUGUUCUGGGUUCUCCUGCUGCACAAAGAGUUUCUUAGACCUCUGCCUUGUUUGUCAGGCUCUGGGAAGGUUGCAUGAGGCCUCUGGAAGGCUGUGAGGGGCUGCUGCAAUAUCUUGAGGUGCUUUUGCAAGAUGUCGGGGGGCUCUGUGAGAUCUUGCAGGAGCCUCCCACAGUUUCCAGAGACCAGUAAGGUAAGGAUGGACCUGUGGCAGGGCCGUUCUGGGGGUCUUCCUGACUUUGCAUGAUUUUGCCUUUGCACACAAACCGCUGGCAUGUAACCCCUUUGUAGUGCUUUUUCUGGGGGUACGCAUACCCCUAAACAUUUUGUGAAUCUUUGUACUUUUGUCCAUUUACCGUAUUUAUUUUUUGUGAUUUGAACUAUAAAAUGGUGAUUUUCUUGAGUCAAAAUGAGAGUACCCCUAAACAUUUGGGGGGGGGGAGCACUGCCCCUGUGUAAGUUUCGGGUGUGGAAAGCAGGCUUAACUUUCCCACUACACGGCAGCGCUUGCGACUUUGGGCCACAAGGUGGAGCUCCUUCACGCUGAAAUGAGGAUGCAAACCGGCCUCUUAGCCAGAAGAUGAGCAAGAAUUUGUAGAGAAGGAAGUGUGCAAGGAUCAGGGUGGGGAGAGCCAAAGUACAUAGCCAGCACAUAUAGUCCCCUCAGAGAAAACAGCAAAGAGAGAGCCUGCUUUUCCCUUUCUUGAGCAGUCCUCAAGCUGUUCUAACUCCUCAGUCGCUCCUGUGGUUCUGAUGGCUGCAUGAGUUUUCAGCAGCUGGAAGUUUCCCCAUUCUGUGUUUGCACAAAAAAAACUGAGCCUGUUGACUUCCUGCGCAGCAUUGAACUGUGAGAGAGAAGCCCUGCCAGAGAACAAUGUGCCAGCCCUCCAUUUGCCAUGGCUUCAACUGAUUCCCCCCACCCCAUGCUCUUAAAUCAGUCGCUAAGGACAGAUUGAGUGGCAGCAGCUGGGAGACCAGGCACGUGCCUUGCCAGAGUGUGCAGCUGGAUUGGACGGGGCUUUAUCUGGGUCUCAGCUCCACCUGGAUGGGGCGGAACUGAAUUCAACUCCCUCCCCCAUUCCUCUUUUGUGCUACAUAAGCUCUUGAUAUAAAAGGUACCUACCAGGAGCUCUUUGGUAUGGAGGCAAUAAGUAUUCAUGGAGGAGAAGGCAGUUGAUUGCUGCUAGCCAGGAUGUGUGCGCUCUGCCUCCACGGUCAGGGGCAGAAAUUCUUUGGGAUACCUUAGUAACUACUGACCAGUGGUGACUCAUUUUUCCUUCCUGGGUAAAGUCCUUGAGCAGGUGGUCCCAGUAGGGUCACCCCAGGCAGUCACUUUACUGUGGCUUGGGAAACACAGACCACUUGUAAAUGCCAUCUCCAACUCCUUGAAAGAUUCCAUUAACAGUGUCUCAGAAAAUUUUUACAUAUCAUUUGCGAAGGCAGGCAAAUUAAUGCCAGUGUACUGGAAGAAGCAAAGAUCACCAGUGUCAAAGCAAUCAUUCUUCAACAUCAACUUCGUUGGACUGGUCAUGUUGUUCGGAUGCCUGAUGAUCGUCUUCCAAAGCAACUCCUCUAUUCCGAACUUAAAAAUGGAAAGCGUAAUGCUGGUGGUCAACAAAAGAGGUUUAAAGACUGUCAAGGCAAAUCUUUAAAAAAUGUAGCAUAAACACUGACAACUGGGAAACACUGGCCUGCGAGUGCUCCUGUUGGAGAACAGCCUUUACCAAAGGUGUCCUGGGCUUUGAAGACACUUGAACUCAGGACGCAAGGGAGAAACGUGCGAAGAGGAAGCCACGCUUGGCAAAUCCACACUGGGACCAACUCCCACCUGGAAACCAAUGUCCCCACUGUGGAAGGACAUGUGGAUCCAGAACUGGCUCCACAGUCACUUACGGACUCACUGUUAAGGCCUUGUUCAUGGAAGACAAUCUUGCUCAGCUAUGAAGGAUCACCAAAGAAGAAAGAAUCCUUCUGGAGCGGCUGUCCAAGUUCAGGGUGGCUGGCACCUAUUUGCGGUGGUUCCAGUCCUGCUUCGAUGGUUGUUCCCAGAGGGUGCUGCUGGGGGAGUGUUCUUUGGUCCAAUGGAGCCUUCAAUGUGGGAUUCCUCGGGGUUUGAUUUUAUCCCCUGUGCUGUUUAACAUGAAACCUCUUGAGCGGGAUUAUCCAGAGCAGGCUUCCUCAGCCUUGGCCCGCCAGGUCUUUUUUGGCCUACAACUCCCAUGAUCCUUAGCUAGCAGGACCAAUGGUCAGGGAUGAUGGGAACUGUAGUCUCAAAACAACUGGAGGGCCGAGGUUGAGGAAGCCUGAUCCAGAGGUUUGGCGUUGUCAGCAAUAUGCUGAUGACACGUACCUCUACUUCUCUCUACAUCAGUGGAAGUGCUGGACUGGUGUCUUCCCUCGGUAAUGGACUGGCUCGCUUGGCACCUUCAUAAUACACCUUUUGGUGCCAGGUAAAAACCUUCUUCCACCAGGCCUUGGGCUGAUUAACAUCUGAUACCCUUUUACAUGUGUUGGGGGAGGGGGUUGUUAGCUUGUUUUGGUUCUUGUUUUUGUUACAGUGGUGCCCCGCAAGACGAAUGCCUCGCAAGACGGAAAAACCGCUAGACGAAAGGGUUUUCCGUUUUGAAGUUGCUUCGCAGGACGAAUUCCCCUAUGGGCUUGCUUCGCAAGACGAAAAUACCUUACGUAGUCUAGAGAUUUUUUUCGCUUUCCCCCUUUAUCUAAUCUGCUAAGCCUUUAAUAGCCUUUAAUAGCCUUUUAGCAGCUAAUCCCUAAGCCUUUAAGCCUUUAAUAGCCGCUAAACCGCUAAUAGCGCUAAUAGCGCUAAUCCGUCAAUGGGCUUGCUUCGCAAGACAAAAAAACCGCUAGACGAAGACUCUCGCGGAACGGAUUAAUUUCGUCUUGCGAGGCACCACUGUACGUAUUUUGCGUUUUUUAGCUUGCAUUUUCAUGUAAACGAACCACCCUGAGAUCUACAGAAGAGGAGCAAUAGACGAAUUUGAUAAUAAAUGGCAGAACCCAGGACUGCAGCAAGGGCGCCCCACUUUUAAACCCUCACUCAGCCACGAAGCUCACAGGGCCGCCUGGGCUCAAUCACUGUGCUUUAGCUUUGUCUGCUUUACUGUGUUGUUGCUGUUAGGAUACAAUGGGGACGGGAACCUUUUAGGCAUCCUUGAACCUAAAGAAGUGAAUGAAAUGAGCUUGGAACAGGAGGCCCUGUGGUUACUACGACUACUAUUAAUAUUUAUUAACUUUAUAGACCACCCUUCAUCAAGAGACCACAGAGCAGUUUAAACCAUAAAACUCCAGUUACUUAAUAUAAUAAUAGUAAAGGGCAGCAAUACCCCCUCGUCUUCUUCCCCUUCUUCCCUCCCGUGGUUUUUUAGCUUGCAUUUGCAUGCAAAUGAACCACGCUUAGAUCUUUCUUCCCUCCUGUGGUUCUGCUUUCCAGAGAUAAAUUGCUAGAAGUCCCUGGUAGAAGUUCCUACCUCACAGGGUUGUUGCAGGAGGGGAAGAACCAUGUAUGCCACUUUGAGCUCCUUAGAGGAAGAGGUGAGAUGUAGAUGCAAUAAAUAAACAAAACCUUUUGCUGUGUGGCUUCAGGUGAGGUCCAGUUGUCCUGGUGCUGCUGUUUAUCCCAGGAGGCCUGGGAUUUUGCCCUGCUCUGAUUACUUCCUUCUCCCCUCCCAGGUGUCGCCGGAAGAUACGCAAGCUCAGUUUCUGAUCCCUGGGGGGUCCCUGGGCAAGAACAGGGCGGAAGCCUCGCUGGAACGGGCUCAGGACCUCAACCCCAUGGUGGACGUGAAAGCGGACCCUGGGAACGUCGAGCAGAAGCCCGAGGAGUUCUUCACCCGCUUUGACGUGGUGAGUUCUGGCGGGAGAAGCCAGCGAGGGGAGGCAGUCCGAGUGAGUGGCCUCGGUGGGCCACCAUUUUCACAAUGCCUCUGCUCCCAGAUUGCCCUCUCUGGUGCUGUCAGAGGGGGUCUUGAAGCAGAGGCCAGCCGGCAUGCAGGAGAGAGGAGAUGACAAUGAAGGCCUUUUUUUUUUUAAUCUUAAUAAUAAUAAUAAUUUAUUUCAUUGUACUUCAUUUUUUUAAAAAAAAAUAAUAUUUAUUAAAAUUUCAAAAGAAAAAGAUCACAUUAAUAAGAAAAUUAACAAUAAAAAGGAAAAAUACUAAAUACAAAAAAGAAAAAACAGUUAAAAACAAUUCCAUCUUUUCAUCACUUCUUUUACAUUUACUUGUUUCCCGGACCUCCUCAUACCUCCCUCUUUUGUAUUCCAAUUCAAUAUGUUAGUCCAGCAAUUCCUUUCCCUCCUUUUUAAUCCUGAUCUUUAAUCUUGAUAUAUUAUAACAUUAAAUUUUUACAUAUUAAAAACCAAAUUUUCCAUGUUUUUUUAUACCAUUACCGCUAGAAACCGGUUAACUUCAAUCCGUCAUCAUUCUAACAUUCAUUAAUUUUACAAUAUUUCUGUAAGUAGUCUUUAAAUUUCUUCCAAUCUUCUUCCACUGACUCUUCUCCCUGGUCACGGAUUCUGCCAGUCAUUUCCGCCAAUUCCAUGUAGUCCAUCAUUUUCAUCUGCCAUUCCUCCAGUGUGGGUAGCUCUUGUGUCUUCCAAUACUUUGCGAUAAGUAUUCUUGCUGCUGUUGUAGCGUACAUAAAGAAAGUUCUGUCCUUCUUUAACACUGAUUGGCCGACUAUGCCCAGGAGAAAGGCCUCUGGUUUCUUCAAGAAGGUAUAUUUAAAUACCUUUUUUAAUUCAUUAUAAAUCAUCUCCCAGAAAACCUUAAUCCUUGGGCACGUCCACCAAAGGUGAGAGAAUGUACCUUCAGUUUCUUUACAUUUCCAACAUUUGUUAUCGGGCAAAUGGUAGAUUUUUGCAAGCUUGACUGGGGUUAUGUACCACCUGUAUAUCAUUUUCAUAAUAUUCUCUCUUAGGGCAUUACAUGCCGUAAACUUCAUACCUGUGGUCCACAACUGUUCCCAGUCAGCCAUCAUUAUAUUAUGUCCAACGUCUUGUGCCCAUUUAAUCAUAACAGAUUUCACCAUUUCAUCCUGAGUAUUCCAUUUCAACAGCAAGUUAUACCGUAUUUUUCGCACUAUAGGACGCACUUUUUCCCCUCCAAAAAUGAAGGGGAAAUGUGUGUGCGUCCUAUGGUGCGAAUGCAGGCUUUCACUGAAGCCUGGAGAGCGAGAGGGCCGGUGCGCACCGACCCCUCUCGCUCUCCAGGCUUCAGGAGAGCCCCAGCGCCAGCCCCACAAGGUCGGGGGACAGAGGGAGGCGGAACGCCGCCAUCCCGCUGUCUCCCGGAGUGGUUUGGAGGCUGACGGCGGGGAGACCCCGCUGCCGGCCCCGCAAGCUCCGGGGACAGCUGGGAGACGCAGCGCGUCUCCCCGCUGUCCCCGGACCUGAUCGCAAGGCGGGCGGCAGGGAGAAGAGCGCUCUCCCGCUGCCUGCCCCCAAGCUCCGGGGACAGCUGGGAGACGCAGCGCGUGUUCCCGCUGUCCCCGGACUUGAUGUCACGGUGGGCGGCAGGGAGAAGAGCGAUUCUCCCCGCUGCCUGCCCCCACGCUCCGGGGACAGCUGGGAGACGCAGCCCGUCUCCCCGCUGUCCCCGGACCUGAUCGCAAGGCGGGCGGCAGGGAGAAGAGCGCUCUCCCCGCUGCCUGCCCCCACUCUCCGGGGACUGCUGGGAUACGCAGCGCGUCUUCCCGCUGUCCCCGGACCUGAUCUGAAGGCGGACUGCGGGGAGAAGAACGCUUCUCCCCGCUGCCGGCCCCACAAGCGCCUGGGGGGGAAAUAAUUUUUUUUCCUUUAUUUCCCCCCCAAAAAACUUGAUGCGUCCUAUGGGCCGGUGCGUCCUAUGGUGCAAAAAAUACGGUACAUCUUUGACAAAAUCUUAGUUUUGGGUUCUAACAAUUCUGUUUCUAAUUUUGAUUUUUCCACCUGGAAGCCAAUUUUCUUGUCCAAAUUGUAUGCCACCAUUAUCAGAUAAUAAUGAAGCCAGUCUCGCACUUUGUUUUUUAAUUUUUCAAAACUCUGCAGUUUCAAUCUAUCUCCAUCUUGUUCCAAAAUUUCCCAAUAUUUCGGCCAUUUGACCUCCAUAUUGAGCUUUUUCAGAGCUUUCACUUCCAUCGGUGACAGCCACCUUGGUGUUUUAUUUUCCAAUAAAUCCUUAUAUCUUAUCCAAACAUUAAACAAUGCUUUCCUGACAAUAUGGUUUUUAAAUGCUUUAUGUGCUUUGACCUUAUCAUACCACAAUUAUGCAUGCCAUCCAAAUACAUUGUUAAAACCUUCUAAAUCCAAAAUGUCAGUGUUUUCAAGAAGCAGCCAUUCUUUCAACCAGCAAAAGCUGCUGAUUCAUAAUAAAGUUUGAGGUCUGGCAGGGCAAAUCCACCUCUUUCCUUUGCAUCUGUUAAUAUUUUGAAUUUUAUUCUGGGCUUCUUGCCCUGCCAGACAAAUCUAGAAAUAUCUCUCUGCCACCUCUUGAAACAGUCCAUUUUGUCCACAAUUUGCAAUGUUUGAAACAAAAACAAUAUUCUAGGCAAUACAUUCAUUUUAACCGCAGCAAUACGGCCCAGCAGUGAAAGCUUCAAAUUUGACCAAAAUUCUAAAUCUUUUUCACUUCAGCCCAACAUUUUUCAUAGUUAUCUUUAAAUAAAUUCCCAUUUUUUGCUGUCAUGUUAAUCCCCAGGUAUUUAACUUUCUUAACCACUGUUAAGACAAUGAAGGCCUUUUCUGGCCUUUCUUAGAAAGUCUCUGUCGCACAGGCCACUUGGCAGCCUGAGCUAGAUGAGAGGUCUGGAGGGUGGCGACAUGAGGAUGAGGCCUUUUCUGCCGUGGCUCCCUGUUUGUGGAAUACCGUCCCCAGGAAGGUUCGCCUGACACCUCCAGGCGCCGGGUGAAAAGGUUCCUCUUUUGGGCUGAUGAAAUCUGUGGCCUUUUAAACUGUGUCUGUACAGAGCGGCUAUUGGUUUUUUUUAUAUUAUGUUCUGCAUUUUGUGUUUUUAUGUCGUAAGCUGCCCUGUAAUCAUUGAACGAAGAGCAGCAUACAAAUUAAAUAAACAAUUCGAAUAAUAUGCUCAGGCAGCUGACCUCUGGCCCCGGGGCUUUCGCCUUCCAGGUCUGCGUGACGUGCUGCUCCCAGGACGUCCUGGUGAAGAUCGACCAAAUAUGCCACAAGAACGGUGUCAAGUUCUUUGCGGGAGACGUCUUUGGCUACCACGGCUACAUGUUUGCCAACUUGGGCGAGCACGAAUUUGUGGAGUGAGUCUGCCUGGGAGCUGGUAAUGGGGCUGGGAAGUGCCCUUCGUGGGGGGGGGGGGGACUGUAGGCCUGUCAGGUGCUGCUGGGGGAAACCUCUCUGGAGUUUGGCCACUGGAGGGAGCCCGAGAGCCAUCCUGUGCCCACUGUCCAGGUUCCUCUCUAGCGCUGCACCGACGCUUAACCAGUUGAAACUCAGGCCGCUGGGGAGCAGGGGUCCUCCACUGGCCGGAGGGGAGGGGGCCGCAGUGUGAAUUUGCUUCCGUGCCUUGCAGAGAGAAGACAAAAGUUGCCAAAGCCAGCCAGGGAGUGGAGGAUGGACCGGACGCAAAGAAAGCCAAGCUGGACUUCACAGAGACCACGCUGGUGAAGAAGGUGCGUGCUGGGAGAGCUCUCUGGCCAUUUGGAACAGAGGCAGGAGCGGGUCUGUGCCUUGCUUCCUCCCCCCCCCCCAACGCCACAUAAUGCAGUGGCCACAUAGCUGCAUUCCUGGUCUUCAUCCCCAAAACUCCUCUGAGCUGAGUCUGCCUUUUCUCCUCCUCUUCCCUCUCCCUCAGGCAGGUCUGCCGUUGCCCCAGUGCAGUUCUCUCAGUCUGUCAGGUGCUUCUCAUUCUUUGCUUGGGCUCCAGACAAGCUCACCAUCCCGGCCUUCCCCUUCCCCUAAGAGCCGGGUGGGGACCAUGUGGCCUUUCAGGUGUUGUUGGACUAGAAUUCCCCUUGUUCCUGACCAUCGGAGUCUCAGCGUCACAGCUGUCCUAUCCCUGAAUUAAAAGAUGCCGAGAUGAGAAGGAAUAGUUCAGGGGGGUAAAUGAGCCUCAUGUGGAAACCCCAUCUAGCCCUGCCAUUGGGCAGAUCCUGGCCUCUGCAUCAGAUUAAUGCUCUGUGCAAAACGAUAAAGGAAAGGAUGUUGUGUCCUGUUGCUCAGGCCCUUCUGGGUCCCAAGUGCAUUGAAAGGACUGAUCCUUCUGGGAAGCUCUGCGCUUCAGCUGGGCUGGGCAGACUCUGACUGGAGCAGAGAAGGCCUAUUGAGUCAACUUGCCUCUGCCCUAUAUAGCUAGGUUUCUAGGGUUGAUAUCUUGGAAGCAUUUUGGGAUUCUUCCUUAGGGAGGGGCAGGGAGGCCCUCGGAAGUGGUGGGCUGUGUGAGAGGGGUGGGGCUGUGGUGGUGAUGGUGGGUGCACGUGGUUGUCUGGGGUCCUCCAAGAGAAAGGAUGGGUUAUUAAUUGUAACAAAUAAAGAACUGGUGGUUCAUUGAUAGUUGUCUGUUAGCAAACACCGCGGUCAGUGCCCGGGCCAUUCAUAAUCUAAGCCAUCUCCAGUCCGGGCCCAUGGAUUUCUGAAGCCUCUUUCUACAACUGAAGAGGCAGAAACCAGGUUUCUGGCCAGUUCUAUGUCUUUUAGAUACAUAAACCUGCCAGGUCUGAGCUGGCAUGGCAAGCUGCUAGCUAUGGGCUACUAGUUUAAGCUACACCAUGGCUUAGUGAGGCUCCCAACAGAGGAGAUCACAGCUGCUUUGCUUUUCCCCAUGGGCUGUGACCCAGGUUUGUAAAGGACAGCCAAGCCCCGAGCCUGGGUUCUGAUAGCAUAGAUAAGCCAAACCCCGGCUGGAGAGGGGCAAAGCAGCUGCCAUCUCCUCUCCUCAAACCAAGCCUCCGUGUGGGCUGCCAGAUGUUCUCACCUGGUUAUACCACCGCAGGUAUUGGAGGAUGGAGGCCAGAGUGUCAGGCACGGCUCAGAGCUCCAACGGCUGCUUCUUGCCUCUGUCAUCCACUUCACAGGUCAUGGCCUCCAGAGAUCAGAUUGGGAUGCUCUCUUGCAGAGCUCUGCUCCCCAUUCCUGGUGCCUUUGUGCAACUGAGCUGCCCCUGGCGGUUUCUGUGUGCAUCCUAGCAGUCCCACAGCCCCUUCCUGAAUAGGCAGGAAGCACUUUGUAAGUCAUGAGUUGGCCCAGCGUGGCGUCAGGAGGCGGCUCUCCUUGCUGCUUGUCAGAUCAGGCCCCAUCUUUCCUCAGCCCCCUGCCCGGGGGGGGGGUCAGGAUCAAGCCAGCGAUAACUCACACAGUGCCAGUGAAGUUCACUCUCUUUAUUCAAAGAGACAAAACAGCUCCAGAGGCCAGGCCUCCUGGUAGAUCUCCUCCCAGUAGAUCUUGCCCCAGUGAGGCAAUUUCAAGGACUGGAGACCCCUGCCUUCCCACAGGGGGGUCCCUUCUUCCUGCCUGCCUUUGCUCUGCCUUCUUCAUGCCUCUUUGGCUUCCAGGAGACUAGUGGGGAGGGGAGCUGGUCACAGCAGGAGGGAGAGACCCCCUGGCUUCUCCAGCAACCUGCCUCAUCUCUGUCUCCUGCCUCUGAUCCUGGUCUGCUCUCUGCCACAGCCUCUUCCUGCUCACUAAACCCUGUUGCCUCUUCAGCUUGCGGCCCUCCUCCUCCCCGUCUGCCCCCUCUUCUCCCUCUGACCAGGCAUCAUUGCCCCGCCACCACGCCCCAGGCUCUGAGCCUUCUUCCCAGCCGGUGCCUCCCACUACUACUCAGCAUCCAUGGCAGGGACCUUCCUGGGGUUGCAAGGGGUCCAGCCUGCUUUUCCUGCCCAAAUGCCAUUCCUCAACCUCCCACCCUUUGCUGUGGGGGUCUCUGGGUGGGGGAGCCGGGCCGUUCAGAAGGAGCAACUGUGAAAAAGGAGAACAGAAAGGUAGCACCUGCUCUCUUAACGCUGAAAACAAGGCUGUGCCACCGAAAGCAGCCAUAAUGGGAGGAAGAGGGAAUGUGGCCGCCAUGAGCUGCUGGAAGGGGCAUCCCUUGGUGGCUAAGCCAGGCAGCUGCACACGUGACCCUGGUGGGGCUCUCUGUCCUCUCCCCCCAGUGUGUGAAUUUCUGCCUCCUGAAAGAGGCCUUGACUGUCGACUGGAGCGGCGAGAAGGCCAAGGCUGCCCUGAAGCGCACGGCCCCCGAUUACUUCCUUCUUCAAGGUGAGAUGCUCCCUUUGGAGGCCAGCGGGAGCGUUUAUGUGGGGGGGGGAGUGUGUGUGAGCAGGAGGGCAGUUGGUGUUGCAGCUGGUCACCUGACUGCUCUUAGGCCCACAUGACUCCUGGUCGCCAGCAGACAAUGAAGCUGUGUCCCGCUUGCCGGCACGUGAGCCCCUUGCGCUCCCAAGGAGAGUCCUACCCGUGUGCAGCUGAGUGGGGGGCAGAGGGGCUUGGGGGGCUGUCUCUGGAACAGGCCCGGCAUUCAUCCCUGGGACAAAUCUGCUUGGUGGCACAAGGACCCAGCUCUCUUCAGCGGGGCCUGCGGGGGGUGGGCAGCCGUGGGCUCCACCUGGUUCCCUGCCAGGGCAAGGCUGCCGGGCUCCAAGCAGCAGGCGCUCUGCCCCUUGCCACCGUCCAAGGAGGAGGAAGUGGGAGCCCUCUUGCCAGCCAGUGGGGCUUCAUGUGUGUCCUUCUUGAUCAGCCUUGCUCUGGGUAAGAGGCCUCGUUCUUGGGGCAGCACAAAUCAAAGAGCUGCUUUGUGUCUUGGUCUCGCUCCAGUCCGUGUCGCUUCUGAAGCUCCUUUUUCUCCUUUGCCCUCACGGUUCCCCCUCCCCAUCCCCAAUGGGGGGAGCUUUAAGGCCUUUGUGUGGGCCUGGUGUGCGCAGGCAGCCCCUGUUGGGCCUUCGCAAAGGGGAGAGUGCUGAGACAGUCCCAGGGCAGCGGGAGGGAGGGGUUGUCAGGAACCCCACCAGGAGAGGAAGGUCCUCAGGGGAGAUUUCCCCCUAGCUUCUCCUCUGCUUCCUUGGCUUUUCUAAAACACAGUGCCUUCCCUUCCCUCCUAUCAGCUUGGAUUCCUGCAUGGCAGGGGGUUAGACUAGAUGACCCUUAGGGUCCCUUUCAAUUCCCCUAUUCUGCGAUUCCUGCUGCUGCUAUUCUACUAAUGCUUGGCAUCAGUGCAAUGAGAUUCUUGCAUCUUGGGGUUUAGCUACACAAAGUGGAGGAAUUCUGAAUCAAUCGGUGUUUGAGGGGGGUGGGGGGAGGCGGCAGCAAUGGCAUGUUUGGACAGGGAACUACGUGGGCUGCUGCUGCUGCCAGUUUCAUUGGGCUGGCCAGGGCUCAGAGUAUGAGGGAGGGGGCAUCAGGAGGUGGGCCAUUUCCUCGGAGGGCCAGCUGGUGCUGAUGCCAGCUUCUUGCCUGUGUGUAUAUAUAUAGUAAUUGAGGAUUGUGAGAACUUAGGAUAACAGCAGCGGGGUUAGCCAGUCCCCUCUUCCUGCCACCCUGGAGUUCUGUUUCUGGGGUGCCAGUGAGGCUUUGCUAUCACAGAAUUAUAGGAUUUUACAGCUGGCAGGGGACCUUGAGGGUCAUCUAGUCCAACCCCCUGCAAUGAAGUAAUCUCAUCUCGAGCAUGCAUGACAGGUGGUCAUCCAAACUCUGCUUUAAAACCUCCAAGGAAGGAGAGUCCACCACCUCCCAAGGGAGUUCAUUCCACUGACAAACAGCUCUUACUGUCAGAGAGUUCUUCCUGAUGUUCAGUUGGACUCUCCUUUCUUGUCAUUUGACUCCAUCGGUUCAGGUCCUCCCCUCCAGAGCAGCAGCAGAAAACAAGCUUGCUCCCUCUUCCAUGGGACAGCCCUCGAGAUAUUUGAAGAUGGCUCUCAUUUCUCCAUCUCAGUCUCUACCAGGCUAAACAUACCCAACACCCUCAACCGUUCCUCAUCAGGCUUGGUUUCCUGACCCUUGAUCAUCUUGGUCACCCUCCUCUGCACAUGUUCCAGCUUGUCAGUAUCCUUAAAUUGUGGUGCCCAGAACUGGACACAGUGUUCCAGGUGAGGUCUGACCAAGGCAGAAUAGAGUGGGACUAUGACUUCCCUUGAUCUGGACACUAGACUUCUAGCAUUAGGGUUUUUUUAGCUGCUGCCUCACCCUGUGGACUCAGCUUCAGCUUGUGGUCCACCAAGACCCCAGAUCCUUUCCACAUGUCCUGCUAGUAAGCCAGGUGCCCCCCAUCCUAUACUGGUGCAGCUGGUUCUUCCUGCCUAAGUGCAGAACCUGACAUUUGUCCUCUUUGAGAUUCCUUCUGCUGCUUUGGGCCCAGCUCUCCAAUCUGUGACGGUCGUAUUUAAUCCCGAUUCAUUCUUCUGCAACAUCAGCUGCCCCUAGGCCCCUGUGGCUCUGGCUUGGCUGACCUAUCCUUGCUGGGUGAUCUCACUUCUCUUCCAGCAGGGCAAGGAAGGAAUUGGGCAGGCCCAGUAGGCUGUGUUUGCUGUUGGGUGGGGCUUUGCCUGAGGCCAGGUCUGACCUUGGUGCAUCCGCCAGCCAAAUUUGGCAGGUGGGUGGGGCUGUGACUUUGCAAAGUGCCCUUUGAAACAGCUUCCCCUCCCUUGGAAGGAGGAGAGAGCCCUGCUCUGUGUCUCCUUUAAGAGGGAGGCCGGCAGCACUGCAGCAGGAACGCUUCCCUCCCCCAACACACACUCACAUCAGCUGAUACAGCCGAGAUCCUGUGCACCAGAGAGAUCCCUAAAGGAACGGAACAGGAUUGCUGUCCCUUCCCAUCAUCGGGUGGGAGAAGCGGACCUGCCUAGCUGUGGGCUCUGGCGCACGUGCAACCGAGCGCUAAGCAGAUUGCUCUUGCUUUGCCUUGGCUGAACCCGUGCGCAGCCUCUGCAGACUGGAGGCGGUCUGUGCAAAGGCCUUUCCUUCCGGGGGUGUAAAGGGGGCCUCCAGAGAGCAGCCCUGCGGAGGAGGAGGAAGAGGAGCUGCCUUGGCCUUCGGGAGCAAGUAGGCUGGGCACCGUCUGCAUGUUCCUUGCCCCCCACAUACCCAUCUGGGUGGCGGGGGCUCUGGAGGUGGCCGCCCCUGGGAUUCAUGAGAAGGGGUCUCAUUGCCCACCCAAGCCAAGGGAGACUUUGGUCGUUUGGAGGUGAACCUGCCCCCCAACAGGGCCCAGCAGACAUGGGGUGGGGUCUGGGUUGGGGGUGUUUGGGAAGCCGGCUGCGACGGGUUGUGAUGCUGUUUCUGCCGCUGCCGCCUCUUGCAGUGCUCCUGAGAUUCCGGACCCUCAAGGGCCGGGACCCUUCCCGGCAGAGCUGCUCAGAGGACGCCGAGGUGCUCCUGCAGAUGCGCGCAGAUGUGCUGGCCUCUCUCGGGGUCGCGGCUGACCUGCUCCCGGAUGACUUUGCCAGGUGGGUGGCGGCCCCUUGAGCCUGCUCCACGAGGAACCCCUGAGGACGGACCCCCACCACUAGGCUUUGCUGCUGCCUUGUCGUCAGCGCUCCCCUGAGUUGGCCCUAUGUCCCCCAUGUCCAGUGUUUUGGGAAGGGCCGUGGCUCAAGCCUGGCAGGACCACACUGGUCUCCUCCUUCUCUGGGAGGGCUGACCCGACCCUCUGAAGGCUCCUGUGGGUCUGCAGGGCCAGAGCCGGGACUGGCAGGUCCUGCCUUCAGCUGCCGGGCUCUUCCCCUCCACGUGGCUGAGGGAGCGGCUGCCGGGCCUUUCUCUUGGGCGAGUUCAGGCCGUUAAUCCUGAAAGGGCCUCCGUUGCUGGGCAGUCCCCGGUGCCGCAGUGCUGCUUGUGGGAAUGGAGGGGGCAGCAGCUCUGUGACCUUGGGGGGGGGGAGCGACGGCUUCUUUCCUCCUGGAGGGAGGGGGCAGCGGAAGGCCCUCUUGUGCCCCUCAGGCGAGGCGAGGCUUCUGAGCCCCCCACCACAUUGGCAUGUCUCUGCCUGCGACCCACCAGGGGUAACGGAGAAUGUUUGGAGAGGAAGAAUGUGGGGGGCGGCGGCUGGGGACUAUGUUUAGCAAGGCUGUCUGGAGCAGGGGGGGGGCAGCCUGCCCAGCCCCCUCAGGACUGUGUGGAAUGCCCACGGACAACACCAGGCCGGGAUUGGGUUGCCCCGACUACACUGGGCUGUGGCUGCCCUCUGCCAAAAACGCUCUGCUUGGCAUGUUGCUUCUGUGGGGGCUCCACAAAGAGAUGUUUCCACAGGGCCCCCCCUCCGACACACCCCUUUCUCUCUCUCAGCUCCUGCUGCUCCGAAGUGGCUCCCGUCUGCGCUGUGGUCGGAGGAGUGCUGGGCCAGGAGGUGGUCAAGGUGAGGCCCGUGGCCCUGGAUUCCCCACAGGGCGGGGGGAGCGGCUCUUGCUUGCGGCCCCACCCACAAGCAGCACAGCUGCAGGCCAUAUCUGGUGUCUCUUCCCCUGCCCCACAACUGUGAACAUUCCUGGAGAGAAGAGUGGGGAGGAUCCUGGCUGCCCCCUUGGCCCUGGCAGCAUGGGUCUUCCGGGCCCCCUCUUAUCCCCCCCAGCUCUGCCUCUCUGCUCACGCUGCCUUUCCCCCCAUCUCCAGGCCCUCUCUCAGCGGGAUGCUCCCCUCAACAACUUCUUCUUCUUUGACGGCAUGAGGGGCAACGGGAUGGUGGAAUGCCUGACCCCCAACUGAGCCUGGGCCACAACCCCAGAGCCCUUGGUAGUCCUGGACCAGCUGCCCACAGCCCCAUGAGCCUCUUCCCUCUGUGGCACCUCUGCCCUUGGGGGGGGGGCUGUUGCUGAUGCCCCCCUUCCUGCAUUGCCACGGAUGGGGUGGGUGUGUUACUUUAGCACUCAAUAAACUUUUUUUAGUACC